CCUGCAGCGCUGACUGCAUCCUUCUAAUCUCGAUUUCUUUUCGCCGAUGUUUCUUUAUUUACUUUCUAGGUAAUGGCUGACAUUGAAUUAAAUAUUGAUAAUCUAAUUCAGCGACUCUUAGAAGUCCGAGGAUGUCGCCCUGGAAAAUCAGUGCAGAUGUCCGAAGCAGAGGUCCGAGGCCUCUGCUCAAAAUCAAGAGAAAUAUUUCUUCAGCAGCCAAUCUUGCUGGAAUUAGAAGCUCCACUUAAAAUCUGUGGUGACAUCCAUGGGCAGUACACUGAUUUGUUGAGAUUAUUCGAGUAUGGUGGAUUCCCUCCUGAAGCAAACUACUUGUUCCUCGGGGACUAUGUUGAUAGAGGAAAGCAGUCAUUAGAAACAAUUUGUUUACUCCUUGCAUACAAGAUAAAAUAUCCUGAGAAUUUCUUCCUCCUUCGUGGAAACCAUGAGUGUGCAAGUAUCAAUCGAAUAUAUGGCUUCUAUGAUGAAUGUAAGCGGCGGUUCAAUAUCAAAUUAUGGAAAACCUUCACAGAUUGCUUUAAUUGUUUACCAAUUGCCGCUAUUAUCGAUGAGAAAAUCUUCUGCUGUCAUGGUGGUUUAAGCCCAGAUCUGCAAGGAAUGGAACAAAUCAGACGUAUAAUGCGGCCUACUGAUGUACCGGAUACAGGGUUGCUUUGCGAUUUGCUGUGGUCAGAUCCAGACAAGGAUGUUCAAGGUUGGGGUGAGAAUGACCGUGGUGUCUCUUUCACAUUUGGUAUCGAUGUUGUGGCUAAAUUCCUAAAUAGGCAUGAUCUGGAUCUAAUUUGCAGAGCACAUCAGGUGGUUGAAGAUGGAUAUGAAUUCUUUGCGAAAAGGCAGUUAGUGACCUUGUUUUCUGCCCCUAAUUACUGUGGAGAAUUUGAUAAUGCUGGUGGAAUGAUGUCUGUAGACGAGACUUUAAUGUGCUCUUUCCAGAUCUUGAAACCCUCUGAAAAGAAAGCAAAAUAUCAAUAUGCUGGUAUGAAUUCAGGCCGUCCUUCAACACCUCAAAGGAAUCCGAUAAAAAAGAAAUAGACAAGCAGAUGCCUCUGCCAGUGACUGGAUUUGACCAAAAGAAGAGAUUAUUUAUUCGUGAAACAAUGCUGAUUUACAGCUAAAGAAGAGAAAAAUUGUAUAAAUCUGUUACUUCCUCCUCUUCGCAGAAGUGUUUAGUUUAUUAUUAUUUAUUUAUCUAGUUUUACUUUCUUGUUCAAAAAUUGUAUAUAAUCCAUCACCUGUUCCAUUCUUGUCCAAGGGGAUGGCACUCUAAAAAUAAUUUAGUUCUCCAUGCCUUUCAACGUUUACAUCUUGAUGUAUUCUGUUUCUCAAUUAGGCACUCUCGACGCGUGAAAACCUCUUCCUAGAGUUUUAAGAGACAGUCAUACUCAAAGAGCCUAGCUCUAAUUAAUCCUCGAGGACACCAGCAGCGUGCAGCCACCCUUCUUAAUCUUUCUAAACAGCUUUUCUCCUCUUUUUACAUAUUGUUUCUGAAAUCAAGAGGCAUUUUUUAAUAGUUAAAUUUACUUCCCCGCUUCACACUGAAGCAGAGUGGUUAUCCUAAAAAUUAGAAUUUUCUUUAAGUUUUCUAGCAUGAAUGAAAGAAAAAGGGACCUAUUGAAUCUUUUUUUUCUACUACAUUUUUAGGCAGAAAAUAAAAACUAGGUAAUUUUUUUUUUUAUUAUUAAUCUUUCUUUUUUUCAAUUCCAUAAAUUUUUGGAGAAUGCCCCAGUAGUGUUUCUGUUUUUUAGAACACAGAAAUACACCAUUGGGGUGAACCUCCUCGUAUCUCUUCAUGUUCCUUUUUUUUAACCUCACAUGCACCCAAAAAAAAAAAAAGUGGUAGAAGUUAAACAAGUAAAUUAGUUUAUAUCUGUUUUUGUAGGUAUUAUUUUUGUUGAACUAUAAUAAAAAAAUGGAGAAAAUUUUAACUUUUCUUACGAUCAAGAAAAUUUUUUCGCCACGUGCCAUCUGACAUCCCUAAAGCAAAAGAAGUCUGAAUUAGAUGGUCACCUUUAAAAGGAGAGCUUACUCAAAACUGAAGAGCGUGACUAAUGAAGACAUAUCGUCACCACAUGCUUCAUUCUUAUUUUCCUUUAGUUUAACUUUUUGAUUAUCACUUUGAGCUUUUUAUAUUUGUAUGCAUCAUUAAUUUUUUCUUUCCGUUUUUUCAGAUCCUUUCCUUUCUCUUUAAUUAUCAGUUGGGUUUUUUUUUUUGUUUUUAUUAUAUUUACUCAUCAAAUUUUUCUAACUAUAUAGGCAACUAUUUAUAGCUGUAUUUUUUAUCACUGUUAGAUUGACGCUUUUGAACUUGUUUUUAAAGUAAAGAUGGUAAAAAGUGUUUGAAGAAGCACAAGCAUUCAGGUGAAGUAAAAUGCCCUCUAAACCAUGUAAUUAAUUCAAUAAUUAUUUUUAAAAUUUGAUAAAACAGAGUUUUCUGCAUGGUCCAAUAUUUUCAUUUGAAUGUUAAGAGGGGGUGUGAAAAGAGACAGUCAUUUUUUUUUAGUAGCUGCUUUUCCACUUUUUUUUGGAUGUUCUUUCUAUUAACUGUACUGGAAAUUCAGAACCAAACACCAAACAUAACCUAUACUAGAGAUAUUUGUCCAUUGUCUGAACAAUUAUCAUCAUCUUUUAUCUUUUAGUAUCAAAAAUACCAUCAGUUCUUUGCAUCAUUGAUAGAUUCAAGUAGAAUUAGAAGCUUGAUAAUUGCAAAGUAAAUUUCUUGUAUAAUUUUUUGCGUAAUCCUGUUGUGUCAUAAGAAAAGAACAGCUUUCAGCCAUACUUUACUUUUAAUGAGAUACUUCCUUGAAGAUCAAAGCAAUUCAUGUUUUUAUUUUAUUUGACUCCUCAAGAUCACUUUUUAGCCAUGAAACAAGUUAUCAUAGAGCAUUGUCUCAAUUCAAUGAAUUUUAAAAUGCCGGGCAUUUAUAGUUCAAAACCGCCCAAUCUAGCAGCCUUCUCUGCUUUCUUUUUUUUACCAUGUAGACUCUCAAUUUUUACUCGAUAACAGCUAUCAAACAAUUCCCAAGACUUUGGCAUCCUAUUGUGACCACUAUCUAGAUUUAGAAUGCUUGUUAGUUGUUUGUCAGGGUAUCAAAUUUGAAAGAAUUGGAAGCAUGUUGAUCUUAUUAAAUGUUCUUUUUUUUGCAAUUACAAGCUAAAUAAUUUAUUUGAUAAUUUGUUUUCUUUAUUUGCUUACAUUGUUUCAACCUGUAAUCUUUGUUUAUUUUAAACUUAAUUUGCUACUGUAAUCUUUGUUUUUGUAGCCUCUCUGUUGUAUUCAACUCGCAAGAUGAGGUUACCGCUUCUCAAAUGAAUCAAUUGUUAAGUUUAUGAUCACGCAAAACUUAUCAUUAGAACAUUAAUACCACCAAAAUAGAUUUGUGUAUUGUCUUCGUGUAGAGAGCAUAUGGCAGACACGAUAAGAAGUCUCUCAGCAUUUCCAAA